AUUGAUAGGAGAAAUCAGAGUGCUGCUCAUGAGGAGCAACAGAGACAAAGACAGCUUGAGAGACAGGUCCAGUUUCAACAAGAAGCUGCUGCUCAUGAGGAGCUACAGAGACAAAGGGACUUUGAGAGACAGGUCCAGCACCAACAGGACAUUGCUGCCCAUGAUGAACUGUUGAGACAGCAACUGCAGCAGCAGCAGCAGCAACAUGAGGAAGAGGAAUUGGAAUAUGUUGAACAGGAGCAGCAUGUAGCUCAUGUCUAUCAACAACAAGUAGACCAUAUACUAGAGGCUCAUCAGCAUGAGGCCAAUGAAGUUCAGGCUAUCCAGCAACUUCCCAAGGGGAGAAGGCCAUACUCAGAGCCUGUCGUCAAACACAGCAUUGGGCCCAUGAAUCUUGAAUGUCCAAGCUGUAAAGCCCUUCACUACAAAGGAGAGAAAUUGACCAACUCCUCCCUGAUUCAUCCUAAAUUUGGCAUAUGCUGUCUGCAGGGUCAGGUACAGCUUGACCCACCUACCCUACCUCCAUUGGCUUUGCAGAAGCUGUUCAAUGGUGUAGAUAAUCGCUCAUCUCACUUCCUGAAACACAUAAGACGUUAUAAUGCUGCCUUUGCAUUUACCUCAGUGGCAGUUAAAGUUGAUCAAGCUGUUCUGAUGAGAUCUGGGCCAUAUUCUUUCAGAAUCCAUGGGGAUCUAUACCAUCUGAUGGGUAGUCUCAUGCCUCAGGAUGCAUUGGAGACAAGGCUUGCCAACAAUGCUGAGAACAAUAACAGAGAUCAGGCUGUCAUGGCCUCUGUCAUGUCAGAUAUUCAGGAUGCCCUCAUGCAAGUGAACCCUCUCAUUCCUCUGUACAAGCAAGCAUAUCAGAUCAUAAGGGAGAAGCCAGCCAAUGAGCAAGUGCAGCUUGAGGCCCACAUAAUCUUGCAGGCCUCUGCAGAUAAAAGGAGAUACAAUCUUCCUACAGCUGAGGAGGUAGCUGCAGUCAUACCUGGCUCUGGAGAUGAUGAUGUUGAUAAGCACAGAGACAUUGUCCUGCGUUUACAAGGUGGAGGACUAAAGAGAGUGAGCAACUUGCAUCCUCUAUACCUCCCACUCCACUAUGUCAUGCUGUUCCCAAGAGGGGAUCAAGGAUGGCACAUGAACAUACCAUCUAUACCAGGGCCAGAAGGCAGAGUGAGGAGUGCUGAGGUCUCUCAGAGAUGCUUCUAUGCAUACAGGAUCCAUCCC